AGCAUAGAACCAGAACCGAAGUAUGAUACUUUGAAGAAUUCAGUUCAUGUUUUUGGAAGAGACCAGAUACAUAACAUAAAUGCAUUCUCAAAAAGAAGAAGAGAAGAAAGACAGCAAAAUCGUACUCCACUACCAACCUAUGAAAAAGUUUUAUCAAUGCUAAAUAUGAGUCAUCAUGAAUCUUUUGUUAAUAAUAUAAAUAAUGUAAAUGAUGCAGAUAAGAAUUUAGGCCAUAAUACUAAUAAUGUAGGUAAAAAUUUAGAUAAUGCAACAUACUCAUCUUUAUCUAAUUUGGUAAAUACUACCUCAACCCCUAAAAUAUCUGCAUCACAAAAUGACAGUGAUAUUAGUAUGCCCAAUAUAGAAGGUAGCCAACCACCUUCCUGUAUGAAAAAUAUAAAUGAAGAGGAUUAG